UACUGUAUUACUAGAAAGAAUGGGAGGAGAGAAGAAGCACAAAGGAACUUCCUCUUCCGGAAUACUAACGGACACGAGAGGAGAGUGGCGUGCAGAGAGGUUCCUGCGCCUUUUCCAAGGAUCAUUCGAAGCCUCAGCUGGCAGACAAAGAAGAUGCCAAUAAGACCACUCCGGACAACUGAGAAUAACAAGGAACGUUAAAGAGGAAAGCAAAUCAAUCCAGAAAUUGUGUUCUAGGAUCAUGUGAUCCCUUUUUGCAGCUGCACAGAUGUGUCAAUUGUGGGAAAAGUGCAGAUUUCAAAUCACAACGGAGUAUGCACAAAAUGAUCCACAUUGGAGAAAAGUAAUACUAAUGUGGCCAAAGUUUUGGUUAGAACAGCUCCCUGGUGGUUCAUAGGUGGACCCACAUAGGAGAGGAGCCCUACAAGUGCUCCCAAUGUAUUGAGUAUGGCAGCUUGGUAAUACAUUAGAGAACUCACACCAGGGAAAAACCUUUUGAAUGCGCUGUUUGUUGGAAAAGUUUUGGUCUGAACUCCAGCCUGGUGAUAAACUAGAUGAUGCCCACCAAAAAGAAAUCAUAUGAGUGUCCUGAUUGCAGGAAAUGUUUCACUGCAAAUUCCCUCCUUGUGAUGCACCAGAGAACACAUACAGGAGAGAAACCUUUUGAAUGUCCUGCAUGUGGGAAAAGUUUCCGUCAGAAGUCCCACCUGGUGGUACACCAGAAGAUUCACACAGGAGAGAAACCAUUUGAAUGUCCUGAUUGUGGGAAAAGUUUCAUUCAGAAUUCUCACCUGGCAAAACACCAGAGGACUCACACAGAAGAGAAACCAUAUGAGUGUCCAGUUUGUGGGAAAAGUUUCAGUCAUAAUUCCCACCUGAUGGCACACCAGAGGAUUCAUACAGGAGAGAAACCAUUUGAAUGUCCUGAUUGUGGGAAACGUUUCAGUCAGAAUUCUGGCCUGUUGAAGCACCAGAGGACUCACACAGGAGAAAAACCUUUUGAAUGUCCUCUUUGUGGGAAAAGUUUCAGUCAGAAUAUCAACCUGGUGAACCAUCAGAGGACUCACACAGGAGAGAAACCCUUUGAAUGUCCUGAUUGUGGGAAAAGUUUCAGACACAACUCCAACCUAGUGUUUCACCAGAAGACUCACACAAGAGGUAAACUCUUCGAAUGUCCUGAUUGUGGGAAAAGUUUCAGACACAACUCCAGCCUAUUGUUUCACCAGAUGACUCACACAGGAGAGAAACCCUUUGAAUGUGCUCUUUGUGGGAAAAGUUUCAGUCAUAAUUGGCAACUGGUGAUACACCAGAGGACUCACACAGGAGAGAAACCAUAUGAGUGCCCGGUUUGUGGGAAAAGUUUCAGACAGAAUUCCCACCUGGUGAUACACCAGAGGACUCAUACAGGAGAGAAACCAUUUCAAUGUGCUCUUUGUGGGAAAAGUUUCAGACACAGUUCCCAACUGGUGAUACACCAGAGGACUCACACAGGAGAGAAGCCGUAUGAGUGUCCUGUUUGUGGGGAAAGUUUCAUUGACAAUUCCAGAUUGUUCAUGAGUCACCAGAGGAUUCAUACAGGAGAUAAACCCUUUGAAUGCACUUUCUGUGGGAAAAGGUUCAGUCACCAAAGCCGCCUGGUGACACACCAGAGGACUCACACUGGAGAGAAACCGUAUGAGUGCCCUCUUUGUGGCAAACGUUUCAGUCAGAAUUCCAACCUUAUUGGCCACCAGAGGACUCACACAGGAGAGAAACCCUUUGAAUGUCCUGAUUGUGGGAAAUAUUUCAUUAGCAAUUCCAAUCUCAUAAAACACCAGAGGACUCACACAGGAGAGAAACCCUUUGAAUGUCUAGACUGUGGGAAAAGUUUCAGUCAUAAUUCCAGCCUGGUGAUACACCAGAAGACUCACACAGGAGAGAAACCCUCUGAAUGUCCUGAUUGUGGGAAAACUUUCAUUACAGAAUUACAGCUCACAAAUCACCAGAUGACACACACAGGAGAGAAAGCUUUUGAAUGUCCUGACUGUGGGAAAAGUUUCAGUCGUACUUCCAGCCUGGCUAAACACCAGAGGAUUCACACAGGGGAGAAACCAUAUAAGUGUCCUGUUUGUGGCAAAAGUUUCAGUUGGAAUUGCUACAUGGUGAAACACCAGAGGACUCACACAGGAGAGAAACCGUAUGAGUGUCCUGUUUGUGGCAAAAGUUUCAGUCAGAAUUCCAACCUGAUGAUACAUCAGAGGACUCACACAGGAGAGAAACCGUAUGAGUGUCCUGUUUGUGGCAAAAGUUUCAGUCUGAAUUCCCACCUGGUGAUACACCAGAGAACUCACAUGGGAGAAACUUUUCUAAUGUCCAAUCUUUGGACAGCACUUUAGGCCUAGAUAACUCCUUAUCGCAGGGGUGUCAAACUCUUAUUUCAUUGAGGGCUGCAUCAGGUUUGUGUUUGACCUUGGGAGGCCAGGGUGGAUGUGGCUAUCUUGACAUCACUCAUGUCGGGGGUACCUGUGGUGGGCGAGAGCUUUGCCAACAAAAACGAGUUCCUGAGCUCUGUUUUCGCUGCGACAGCCUCCUGCAACCCUCUGCCAGCAAAAACAGAGCUCAGGAGAGCUGCAUUGCAGCCCUUGUGAGUUCCAUUUUCACUGGCAGAGGCACCAUGGGCCAGUCCUUCGCUGUUUCCAGGGCAGCCUCACAGGCCAGAUCUAAGCACCCCGUGGGCUGGAUCUGGCCCCUGGGCCUUCAGUUUGACACCCCUGCCUUAUUGCAUAUAACUAAAUUCAUAUGAGGCCAAAGUUAAUGAGUUUAGAGAAGGUUUGAAUUUCAUUUCUGAACUCCCGUUAAGAGUGUAGGUGAGAAAUAGACUCUGGAUAUUGGCCUGAUCCUUUUUAGUCAACACAUUGCAGGUUUAUACCUGUAGUUGGAGAGAGAAAAAAUGUGAAAUCUGUUUGAUAAAGGUGAACUACCUGUUUCUAGAUAUCAUAUAUUGGUUGUGGAGUUCCACAAUGUGGAGUUUCUCUCUUCUACUUUUUUGAGCUUCAGAUUAGGAGUGCCAUAAUUCCCCAGCCACCAUACAAGUAGUCCGCGAGAUACAACUGCAAAUUUUGGUUGCAUGUGUUCUAACCUAGGCUUCUCAGGAUCAUGAAGCAGACUCCUCGUUCCAGUAAAACCCCUUUUAUUUAGGUUAAAGUGAAUUC